UAAAAACUGAAAAAAAAACAAUAACAAAUGUGAUCCAAAAUACUUCUUCCACUUUCACUUCUCUCUCUCUCUCUUUCUCUUUCUCUCUCUUGAUCAUUCUCCGUUCUCGAUCUCCGAUCAGAAACUUCAGGUUUUUUUAGUAGAAGAGAGAAAAAAAGAAGAAGAAAAAUGUCGGGGCAAUCACAGCGUUUGAAUGUGGUCCCCACAGUGACAAUGCUUGGUGUUGUAAAAGCGCGUUUGGUUGGAGCAACAAGAGGCCACGCGCUUCUUAAGAAAAAAAGUGAUGCUUUAACCGUUCAAUUUCGUCAGAUUCUGAAGAAGAUUGUUUCAACAAAGGAAUCAAUGGGUGACAUAAUGAAAACAUCUUCAUUUGCAUUAACAGAGGCUAAGUACGUAGCCGGCGACAACAUCAAGCACGUUGUGCUUGAGAAUGUUAAAGAAGCUUCACUCCGUGUUCGUUCUCGUACUGAGAACGUAGCUGGAGUGAAGCUUCCGAAAUUUGAUUACACUAAUGACGGUGAGGCCGCGAAAAACGACCUCACUGGAUUGGCUAGAGGUGGUCAGCAGGUGCAGCAGUGUCGUGGCGCUUAUAUUAAGGCGAUUGAGGUUCUUGUUGAGCUUGCUUCGCUUCAAACCUCUUUCCUUACGCUUGAUGAUGCUAUUAAGACUACUAACCGUAGGGUUAAUGCUCUUGAGAAUGUUGUUAAGCCGAGGUUGGAGAAUACUAUUAGUUACAUUAAGGGUGAGUUGGAUGAGCUUGAGAGAGAGGAUUUCUUUAGGUUGAAGAAGAUUCAGGGUUAUAAGAGGAGGGAAAUUGAAAGAAAGAUGAUUCUUGCUAGGGAACAACAGCUUGUUGAAAAGUUACAAUUGCAGAAAGGGGUUUCUUUCGAUGCCUCUCACAACUUGUUGUCUGGUACAGGUGAUAAAGACGAGGAUAUCAUUUUCUAAGAAUUUAUUGAGAUAUAUAUAGAGAGAUAGAUGGGUUCUUUCUCCUUCUUCAGAGGGGGUGGCUGGCUAUGUCUCGGUGUUGAUGCUGGUCCGUUCUGCACAAUUUGUUUAGGUGAGACAUUGUUCUGUAUUAUGAAUAAAGAUGCUUGAUAUGUGUUUAUUUAUUUCUUUGUUAUUUUAAGGACAUAAUUUUUUAUCGUGUUCAGAGGCAUUGUGACAAUCAUCAUUUCAAACUAUGGUUCUUCUCUGAUACUGUGAAAGAUUUAAGUUGUUGUGAUUAGCAUUAAUUUCCUUUCAAAAUGUAUUACAUCGGAGUUCAGACAUCUUGAAUAAGAAAUUUCAUUUUAGGACUUUAGACCUAUGGUUCGGCUGCCUUGAUUCUAAAGUUAUCUUUUCUUCUGUAUCAAAAUUGUAUUCUUGAGCUUGUAAUUUCCCUUUUGCUCAUAUAUAUACAUCAGUGACUGCUGAAUUUUUGUUUA